CGCAUGCGUGCAACACUGUGGAGGCGGUAGUUUGUUCGGCGUCAAGACUGGAGGCUGAGUGCUAAACUGUGUGGGGCGCGGAUGGGAUCCGGCUGUUAGUCGGUAGGCAUAGCUUUGUGUUAUUCUUGGAAAAUUUCGCACCACUUGUGAAUUCCUUGAACCUGGGCAUUGCAAACCCACUUCUGUUGGGCCCGUCUCCUUUGCACUUUGCUCAGAUUAAGACUCAGUUGGCGCUUCAGCAGCUGAAUGCCGUUGCCUCACAUGGGUCAACAUCACCUUAUACUUUAUUAAAUCAGGCAUUCUUGAAAGUAGCCAUGUCGAGACCCAGGUUCAAUCCUCGAGGAACCUUUCCACUUCAAAGGCCACGAGCACCUAACCCUCCUGGGAUGAGGCCUCCAGGACCAUUUAUGAGGCCUGGAUCUAUGGGUCUUCCGAGAUUUUAUCCAGCAGGGCGAGCCCGUGGAAUUCCACACAGAUUUCCUGGCCAUGAAUCUUAUCAGAAUAUGGGACCACAGAGAAUGAAUGUUCAGGUAACUCAACAUCGAGCUGACCCGAGAUUAACCAAAGAAAAAUUGGAUUUUCAUGAAGUACAACAAAAGAAGGGGAAGCCUCAUGGUAGCCGAUGGGAUGAUGAGCCACAUAUAACUCCAGCAGUGGGAGUGAAACAGAGUUCUAUAACACAGGUUACAGAGCAGAAUCCUAAAAUACAGAGCCGCUAUACAAAAGAGAGUGCCUCAAGUAUCUUAGCAAGUUUUGGAUUAUCUAAUGAAGACCUAGAAGAACUUAGUCGCUAUCCUGAUGAACAACUAACUCCUGAAAAUAUGCCAUUAAUAUUGCGGGAUAUAAGAAUGCGAAAAAUGGGGCGCCGAUUACCUAAUUUACCUCCUCACAGUAGAAACAAAGAAACACUUGGUAAUGAAGCAGUUUCAAGCAAUGUGAUAGAUUAUGGGCAUGCAAGCAAAUAUGGCUACACAGAAGAUCCACUUGAAGUACGUAUUUAUGAUCCUGAAAUUCCGACUGAUGAGGUCAAGAAUGAAUUUCGGUCGCAGCAGAGCAUUUCUGCAUCUGUUCCCACUCCAAAUGUGAUUUGUAAUUCUAUGUUUCCUGUUGAAGAUGUAUUUCGCCAGAUGGACUUCCCCCGUGAUUCCUCCAAUCAGUCUUUUUUCCCAGUUGAAAGUGGAGCCAAGAUGUCAGGCUUACACAUUUCAGGACAGUCAGUCCUUGAACCUGUAAAAUCUAUUAGCCAAACAGUUAGCCAGCCAAUGAGCCAGUCUCUGAUUCCUCCAUCUUUGAACCAGCAACCUUUUUCAUCUGAAUUAAUUUCAGCUAUAAGCCAGGAAGAGCGGAUCCCACAUAAACCUGUGAUUAGUACAGCUGAUGUACAUGUUGGACCAAGAGGAAGUAAAAAGAACUAUCAGUCAGAGACUGAUCUGCCCAUUCGGUCUCCCUUUGGAAUUGUGAAAGCAUCAUGGCUACCAACGUUUUCACACGCUGAUGCCCAGAAAAUGAAGAGACUGCCAACUCCUUCUAUGAUGAAUGAUUAUUAUGCAGCGUCUCCAAGAAUAUUUCCACAUUUGUGUUCUCUCUGUAACGUAGAAUGUAGUCAUUUGAAGGAUUGGAUUCAGCAUCAAAAUACUUCCACCCAUAUUGAGAGCUGUCGACAGUUACGUCAACAAUACCCCGAUUGGAAUCCUGAGAUCCUCCCAUCAAGAAGAAAUGAGAGCAAUAGAAAAGAAAAUGAAACUCCAAGAAGACGUUCUCAUUCUCCCAGUCCCAGGCAUUCUAGGAGAUCAAGCUCAAGUCACAGGUUCCGUCGCUCUCGAAGUCCAACGCGUUACACAUAUAGACCAAGGAGUCGAAGUCCAAGAAUUUGCCAUCGUUUCAUUUCUAGGUACAGAUCCAGAUCUAGAUCCCGUUCACCAUGUCGAAGUAGAAAUAUAUUUAGAGGAAGUCCAAAACGCUAUCGAUCUGUUAGCCCUGAAAGAACAUCAAGAAGAUCUGUGAGAUCGUCAGAUAGAAAAAAGGCAUUAGAAGAUAUAGUACAACGUUCUGGACAUGGGGCAGAACUUAAUAAACUGAAACAUCUUGAAGCAGUUGAUAAAGGACUCUCACCAGCACAAAAACUUAAAGCUGUCAGUGGAGCAAAGCUGUCAGUGAAAUCUGUAAGCUCUACAAAGAGUGAUGUGCAUUUAGGACAUUCUACUCGGAAGUCUAAGAAUCUUGAAGAUGAUACCUUACCAGAAGGUAAACAGGUGUCUACUAAAGGUGUUUUUCUCCAGCGAAAGCCUCGGAAAGAUCAGUCUUUGAGUUCCAAUUCAAUUCUUCUUGUAUCUGAACUUCCAGAAGAUGGCUAUACUGAAGAAGAUAUUAGAAAAGCAUUUCAGCCAUUUGGAAAGGUUAACGAUGUCCUUCUUGUUCCCUGUAGAAAUGAGGCUUACUUGGAAAUGGAAUUUAGAAAAGCAGUUAUUGCAGUCUUGAAGCACAGUGAAACAACACCUCUUCUGAUAAAAGGAAAAAGUGUGAAAGUGUGUGUUCCAGGAAAGAAAAGAGUACAGAACAAAGAAAUGAAGAAGAAAACUUCAGAUUCAAAGAAAUUAUCUGCAUCUGCUUUAAAAAAAGAGGGGGAUGCUUCAAAAAUCGUUGAAACUGUUGCUUCAGCUUCUUUGGCCAAAACUGGACAAAUCAAGGCAUCCACAACCAAAGUAAAUAAAUCUUCAGGGAAAUCAGCAAGUUCUGUAAAAUCUGUGGUAACGGUAGCUGCUAAAGGUAAAGCUGUCAAAACAGCAAAAUCUGGAAAGAAGUCUCUAGAAGCUAAAAAGACUGCGAAUAUCAAAAACAAAGACUCCAGUAAGCCAGUGACUGUUCCAGCUCCUUUGGAAGUCACAGAAAAUGAACCGGUGAGCAAGGAAAUGGAGGAAAUGUGUGUGGUUUUUAUUUCUAAUUUGCCUAAUAAAGGAUAUUCUACAGAAGAAAUUUACAACUUGGCAAAACCAUUUGGUGGUUUGAAGGACAUUUUGAUUUUAUCAUCUCAUAAAAAGGCAUAUAUAGAAAUAAACAGAAAAUCUGCAGAUUCUAUGGUAAAAUUUUACACCUGCUUCCCAAUAUCCAUGGAUGGAAAUCAGCUCUCCAUAAGUGUGGCUCCUGAAAAUGUGGACAUAACAGACGAGGAAGCUCUGUUUACAAAUUUGAUUAAAGAAAAUGACCCAGAGGCAAAUAUUGAUAAAAUUUACAACCGAUUUGUACAUCUUGACAAUUUACCAGAAGAUGGACUUCAGUGUGUACUUUGUGUUGGGCAUCAAUUUGGAAAAGUAGAUCACCAUGUAUUCAUGAGUAAUAAAAACAAGGUGAUUCUUCAGUUAGAGAGUCCUGAAUCUGCUCUGUCAAUGUACAGCUUUUUGAAACAAAAUCCACAAAACAUAGGAGACCACGUAUUGACGUGUACCUUAUCUCCAAAGAUGGACUCAGAGGUUCCAACUGAGAAAUAUCCAGAACCAGGAAAAGAAAGCCCUGACUUGAAAAUCAAUCCUGUUGAUGAAAAUGAGGUACAAACAGCAGCUGAUAGUCCCUCUGUUAAACCUAGUGAGGUUGAAGAAGAAACUACUCUCAAUAUUCAAACAGAAACUUCAGUACAGCAGGAAAAACUUGGUGAGGAAGAACCGGAACAAGCAUUGUGUGAGUCUGACUUUGGGAUUGAAACACUGGAAAAUGAAAGUCAGGAAGCAGAAAUCAACAUAGAAAUUCCUCCUGUAGCAUCCACUCCAGCUAGCAUUGAGUUAUUCACUGAAAAUAUAGAGGGGUCUGCUUUAAAUCAGCAGGUGUACAUUGGUGACUUUGAGAAGGAAGCGGCAGAAAUUAUGGACCCUGAAGCAGAACUAUCAAUAUCAGACAGUGUAUACAUAGAAGAAAGAAACAUCAAGGUGAUUCCAGAAGACUCUACAUCUGAAGCAGAUAUGUUUUCUGGAAUUACACAGUCUAUGGUAGAAGCUAUAGCUGAAGCGGACAAACACGAAACUGUUUCGGAAAUAGUGCCAUCUGCUUGUGUUGUGACCCAGUUACCAGCAAGUUGCACUGAGGAUGAGAAGGUUGUGAACAAAAAGGAUAUUUCUGAAAAAUGUAACAUGGAUGAAAAGAAGAAUGAAUUUAAUACCAAGGAACCCAGAGUGGACUUGCAAGUAGAAACAGAGAAGACUGAGAAGAACGAAGCUAGCAUUGUUGCAGAAAAAAUGAAGUUUAUAGCAGCAAUAAGAGAAAAGCCAGUAGAAAGUGCUGUAAUCAAGGCAGACCCAAAUAAAGGAGUGGGUCAGACCAGUAAGCUUAGUGAAACUAGCAAAACUAGUAUGCUGACUGUAUCAAAUGUAUGUAGUAAUAAGUCAAGCAUCAAGACUGCUGUGGUCUCAUCUCCUAAGGCAAAAACUACAACUUCAAAAACUGAAAAUCAAAAAACUUUGCCAAAAUCUGUGUUUAGAGAUCAAAUAAAUGCUGAAAAGAAACUUUCAGCCAAGGAAUUUGGCCUGCUUAAAAAUACCAGAUCAGGCUUGGCAGAAAGCAGCAGUAAAUCCAAACCCACUCAGAGUGGUGUUAACAGAGGAGGCAGUGGAAGGAUCUCAGCCCUUCAGUGCAAGGAUUCUAAACUGGAUUACAAGGAUAUAACAAAACAAUCUCAGGAAACAGAGACUAAACCUUCCAUCAUGAAACGGGAUGACAGCAACAAGGCUUUGGCUGGACAAAACACUAAGAAUUCUAAAAGUACUACUGGUAGAAGUUCCAAAUCGAAAGAGGAACCAUUAUUUACAUUUAAUUUGGAUGAAUUUGUUACUGUGGAUGAAGUUAUCGAAGAAGUGAAUCCUUCUCAAGAGAAGCAGAAUUCAUUAAAAGGAAAAAGAAAAGAAGCUCUCAAAAGUUCUCCUUCCUCGGAACUUAAUUUAAAAAAGAAGAAGGGGAAAACUUCUGUUCCUCACAGUGUUGAGGGAGAAUUAUCUUUUGUAACAUUAGAUGAGAUUGGAGAAGAGGAAGAUGCCGCCACACAAGCUCUAGUCACUGUAGAUGAAGUAAUCGAUGAAGAAGAGCUCAACGUAGAAGAAAUAGUAAAAAAUUCAAAUUCCCUUCUUACAUUAGAUGAAUUAAUUGACCAAGAUGAUUGCGUUUCCCACAGUGAACCUAAGGAUGUCACUAUUCUGUCCAUGGCUGAAGAACAAGAUCUUCAACAGGAACGCUUGGUAACUGUGGAUGAAAUUGGAGAAGUGGAAGAGUUACCUUUGAAUGAGUCAGCAGGCAUAACUUUUUCCACUUUGAAUGCUAAAAGAGAUGAAGGAACUACUGUAAGGGAUUCCAUUGGGUUCAUUUCUUCUCAAAUGCCUGAAGACCCUUCUAGUUUAGUUACUGUGGAUGAAAUACAGGAUGACAGCAGUGAUUUGCAUUUAGUGACUUUGGAUGAAGUAACUGAAGAGGAUGAAGACUCUCUGGCUGAUUUUAACAACCUUAAAGAAGAGCUUAAUUUUGUUACUGUGGAUGAAGUUGGAGAAGAAGACGGAGACAAUGAUUCAAAAGUUGAGUUAGCACAAAGCAAAACUGAUCGCCAUACAGAUAAAAAAGGAGAUAGAAAGAGGAGAGCUGUGGACCCAAAGAAGACAAAACUUGAGUCUUUGUCCCAAGUGGGUCCAGGAAGUGAGACCAUUACACAAGAUGAUCUGAAAUCCAUGCUUGAAAGACACUUGGCAGCUAAAACACUAGUGAAGAGAGUUAGAAUUGGCAAAUCACCACCCUCACAAAAAACUGUAAUAGCAGACCCAGCAGAAGGUAAAGAUGCUCUCCAAAUGAGUGAAGGAAUUGAUGAAGAAGCUGAAAUAAAGGAUUCAGAACCUGAAGAAAAACGCAAGAAGACUGAAGAUUCUCCUUUAGGUAAAUCAGUGGCACCUGAUGUGUCUGAAGGUUUAGACUUCCUUGUACCAAAGGCUGGCUUCUUCUGUCCAAUUUGCUCCCUCUUCUACUCAGGUGAAAAAGCAAUGAUAAAUCAUUGUAGGAGCACACGUCAUAAGCAGAAUACAGAGAAGUUCAUGGCGAAGCAAAGAAAGGAAAAGGAGCAAAAUGAAACUGAAGAAAGAAGCUCUAGGUGAUUGAGGAAAAGAGGAAAGAAUUCAUUAGAAAUUCAUCUAGGGUCCAGUUGAUUUGUGUAUUUUUGUUAUUGCUUAAUUUGUAAUUUUUGUUUCAGAAACAAAUAUUCAUGUUGUACAAAUUUCUGAUUGCCUUUGAUGUAGAGAAACUGAUGGGAAAAGUAUGAUGGGUUUGAUUUUUAUAUCAAAUCAUCAGGCAUGGAAAAAUCUUUUAGGAGUGUUAAAAUAAAUGUUCCUACUGUAUAUUUAAA